AAACAACCAACUGCACCUCACUAACGCGGCAAAAUUGUCACAUACCUACACAACUCUCAGAGCUUAAGUACAGCCCCCUCGCCACUAUGUCAGUCACCCUGCAUACAGAAGCCGGCCCACUAAAAAUCGAGAUAUUCUGCGAAGCUGUGCCGAAAACGGCUGAGAAUUUCCUCGCCCUCUGCGCAUCCGGCUACUUUGACAACUGCCCCUUCCACCGCAAUAUAGCGGGCUUCAUAACGCAGACCGGAGAUGGCGAGAUGGGCAAUGGAAAGGGUGGGAAGUCGAUAUGGGGUGGGAAGUUUGAAGACGAGAUCAAGCCUGCGCUCAGGCAUAAUGUCCGAGGGGUUGUGAGCAUGGCGAAUUCAGGGCCGAACACAAAUGCUAGUCAAUUCUUUAUCACAUAUGGGGCACAUCCGCACUUGGACGGUCUGAAUACGGUUUUCGGGAAGGUGUGUCCUCCUCCCAUUCUACGGUAGCGCGAGGUGGUGGGAUUUCAAGAGUGGGGACGGCUGGACUGAUUGUUCGGUUGCUAGGUCAUCGAUGGGAUUGAUUCGACGUUGGAUAAACUUGAAGUUGUAGAGGUGGACAAGAAGUAUCGGCCAAAGAAGCCAGUCAAGAUCCAGAGGGUCACGGUACAUGCUAAUCCUCUCGCUGAUAUGGAUGGUGGGGAUUGAGUGUCCGUAGCGGUUUGGGGGGUAGAGUAGAUGCACUUUUCGGUAAUUUGGUAUGUUUGCUGCACAGUGGUUGGAUUGGAAAAGGACGGGGCUCAUAUUUUAACCGGAGUUAUGGCACCUGCAGCGGGACUUGUAUUUCUAGAACGUACCAUGCCUCUAGCCGUCUACGCACAGCCCCCUAGCAUCGAUGCCCGAUCGCUGCAUUAUUAUCCCUUGUCUCUCCCCAUGGUGUCGGUACCUCAAAAGCGUGCCUGGAAAUGUGGGGUUUUGGUGUAUCGAGGAGUCUGUUUCAGUACCGGCAGUGGUGUACGAAUUAUGCGGUAGUUAACGGAUAACUGAUAACAUUCAUUCCGCUAGUUGUGUAGACUGUAAUACUACCGUAACACACCUG